CCGGAUAUCCUUCCGAGAGCCGUGACCCUGCAACGCCAAGGGGGCCAGGCUGGCUGGAGCUUUCUCGGCCUGUGUGUAUGUGUGGAUUUGCGUGUCCCCAUAUGCCAAUGUGGAUGGCGUGGACACUUGGCGGAAUGUGGCGAAACCAGCCGGCCCCUGCUCCGCCAUAACCCACAGCCCACGCCAGGCCCUUGCCCUGGCGAAAGGCGGGGGAGCCCGUGCGGGAAGCCCGGUUCCCCUGGGCCUGUGCUUGCUGGCCCGGGAUUGCCGGCCUACCAGCGGGCACCCGCUCCAUUCACUGAGCAUUGGCGUGUCACAUCGGCCGAGGCCCGGCCCAGGCCCUUUGUGCCGCUCCUGCCAUGCCGGCCGGGGAGCCCCUUGCCCGACUGGGAAAAGGAGGCGAGGCCAAGUGCCAGUGGGCGGCGCAGGGCACGGAGCCAGUGUCGCGCUUGGGGAGGGGCGUAGCAGGGCCACAACCGAAGGAGCAGCAGGGUGAUGGCGGCCACCGUGGGUGGCGCGCACUCGCCAGCAGUGGCCUUUGCGCCGGCCGGUGGAAGGUCGGACACGCGUGCUCGCAGAGGUGGCUGUUUUUGGAACCGGAGGGGAGGGACACUGGCUGCCUGCCGAUGGGGCCAUCCCACUUAUGCCGGAGCAUGCAGCUCGCAUGGGUGAAAACCGGGGGAAGCGUCAGUCCCGGGGCAGGG